AUGGAUGCUUCGAGAGAAUGGCAUAUGCUCCGGUUCAUGGCUAAGGCGUUUGUUCAAGAUUGGAAAGGCGUGCUUGAAGCAUUCCACGAGGUAGGCUGGGAUCUCAGUCGACGGCACUUCUAUUACAAGCGCUCGCUUCUUUAUUACGUUGUCGAACAUGCCGAAUGUAUCGGCCCCGUCGAUAUUUUGCUCGACUCCGGGGCAGACCUCAGCCCAUGCAGUGACGGCAGCGUGGUGAAGCGCCUAAUUGCUGCUGGAGCUCGAGUUCGAGCUAAAGACAGGGGCUUCGGUGGGACACCAUUGGUUGGAGCCAUCCAGGGUGGGAAGACGGCGAACGCUCGUGUAUUGCUGGAGGCGGGUUCAGAUGUCAAUCAUGUGUUAAAUGUGGAUGGCAAGCGGCGGACACUCUUGCACCUCGCAGCGCAGGAUGGUAUUCUGGAGAUGAUGCAGUUGCUUUUGGAUUGGAAAGCUAAUCCAAAUAUCCUCGAUGAAAUGGGUGGCAGUCCUGCGCAGUGGGCGGCGCGCGACAACCACGCCGAAGCUGUCAGGAUUCUUCUCGCAGGUGGCCUGGAUCCCAACUUUGACAAGGGUUACUCCCUACGCAUUGCUCUCUCUUUAGGCCAUCUCGAGGUGGCGAAGCUUCUUCUACAGCACGGGGCAAAGGUUGACCUGAGCGUCAUCACAGCUGCUAGGGAUAAAACGGUUUACAAAGGCGAUAGGAUCCCCUUCUUUCAACUCUGCGUGGAAAAUAUCAAGCACAACGAUUGCGAGACAAACAGCAGUAGGGCAUAUAUCGACCUCAAUGACAAGUUUACAUUGGACAUGGGUGCCAAAAAUUUGCAUAUCCCGACAAUAAUGAAUGGAAGACAUGGCAGACCUAACGACUUCAGACUGGCGGCGGCUUUUGUUAAACACGGCGUCGGAACGGGUCUGGCCGAUCUCGAGGAGGUUUCGAGGGCCCUCCUAAUUUGUCUCUUUGGCCUGCUCAAGCUAGGAAACCCUUCCGGCACGAUUCUCCGCUACAGCGUUCGCCCCGAUGGCUGGACGGCACUGCAUAUAGCUGCCCACUCUGGCAACACGGCCAUGACGGAGCUUCUCCACGGCCAUGGCUGGAGCCUCACGCAAGAAGAUAUCAUGGGCCGGUCGGUGCUCGACCUUGGGGUCUUUAACGGCAAUCUUGAGCUGGUGCAGAAGCUGCUGGCCGCGCACUGUACUGCCGAACAUCGCGAUCGGGAUGGCAAUUCGCCUAUGCACUUCGCCGUAUCUGGUGCUGGCGGCCAAAACAAGCUUCUGUUAGAGUGUCUCGAUGCAGCUAGGUGUAGCGUAUCCAAGGCCAAUGCCAUCAGAGAGACAGCUCUACACUUGGCUGCCAGGCUUGACCGCGGCGGUGCGACCGAAUGGCUUCUAGGAAAAGGGGCGACGGUCGGUGCCACGGAUCAGUUCCUCAACACACCGCUUCACAUAGCUGCCAGUUUCAAUAUACUUUCCGCUAUAGAGAUUCUUAUCAACAGCGGCGGCAAUGUGAAUCAAGCCGCAGUCGACGGUCGGACGCCAUUGCACUGCGCAAGCCAAGCCGGAGCAGGUGGGGCCGUCAUGGCUCUGCUCGGCGCCGGCGCGGACCCAAAUCAGGCCGAUAGCCGGGGCCGAACGGCGCUUAUCACGGCCAUCGACUCUGGCGCUUGCGAACCGGACACGGUCGACGCUCUCUUUGCCCGUACGACAGUCGACUGGACUGCACCGCGUUUGCCGCGCACCCGGUCGUCACUGCGGCGCUGGCAGCGGUGUCUCCGAACCGGGAAUACAAGGAGAGUGUGGAGAACGGAAAUAAAACACAUCCUACAACAAUCAUGGAACAUCAGAAUCAGCGACUAG